GGUAGUUAUGCCUCUCAAUCGAGAGACCGCGUCGGAUGCGGCGCUUUUAUUUUAAGCGAGAAAAAACCGCCGCCGCCGCCAUCACCUUGGGCCAUCUCGUAAGCAAGUAUGCGGUAGAAAUAUUGGCAAUGACUCUUCAAGAGAUUGUUCAAACUGCAGCCAGGUUAUAUGCUGAGAGAAAAGCAGUGUGCUUUGAUGAAUGCAACAAUCAGACUCCAGUUAUCUACACAUACAAGACAGUUAUUAACCUAGCCACAGAACUAACAGUUUUCCUGAGGAAACAUUGUAAUCUCUUUGAAAACGUUGAAAUAGGCCUCUACUGCCACCCAGGGAUAAACCUGCCUUCUUGGAUUAUAGGAAUUCUCCAAGUGCCAGCUGCGUAUUCCCCUAUUGAUCCAGAUGCCCCUCCAAGCCUGUCUGCUUAUUUCAUGAAGAAAUGUAACUUCAAAUAUAUCCUUGUAGAAAAAGACAAAGUUGAUAAAUUCACAGUAACACACGGACAGUGGUUCAGCCAAAAUUCCCUUGAAAUACAGAAAGUUGGUUUGAUUCUUUUCCAAAAGAACAACAGUAAUGUGGAUGUAAAUCUGUUGAUAGACCGUGUAAAUGAUCAAAAUGAAAGCUCUGUAGUGACAAGUAGUUGGGAGGCAUAUGCCUUGGACAAACAUGAGACAAAACCAUCUGAAGAGCUGUUGGAUGUCCGACAGAAACACUCCAUAGCAUAUGUUUUGCAUACAUCUGGAACGACAGGGGUACCUAAAAUUGUCAGAGUACCUCAUAAAUGCAUAGUGCCAAAUAUUCUUCAUCUUCAAGAUGUGUUUAAAAUUGCCCCUGAUGAUAUGGUGUUUAUGGCCUCUCCCUUGACAUUUGAUCCAUCCGUUGUUGAGCUGUUCAUUGCACUGGGAAGUGGGGCUUCUCUGCUUAUAGUACCUAACCUGAUUAAAAUGAUGCCACAGGAAUUGUCCAAGGCUCUCUUUCAACACCACAGAGUAUCUGUAUUACAGGCUACACCAACACUUCUGAGAAGAUUUGGAGUUCAGCAUAUUAAAUCAACCGUGUUGUCUGCAAACACUUCACUGCGAAUUUUAGCUCUGGGUGGAGAAGCCUUCCCUGGACUAAACGUGUUGAGAAGCUGGAAAGGAACAGACAACAAAACGCACAUAUUUAAUAUGUACGGUAUUACAGAAGUCUCCUGCUGGGCCACAUGCUACAAGGUUCCUGAGGAGGUUUUUAGUACUGAUCAUCGAUUUGAUUCACUUGUACAACUAGGAACCCCACUUUCUGGAACUGCAGUUGAAGUCAAAGAUGUUAAUGGUUUUGCCGUUCUAGAAGGAGAAGGUCAAGUGUUUAUAGGAGGUAAAGAACGUGUCUGUUUCCUCGAUGAUGAAGUAACGCUGCCUGUGGGCACAAUGAGAGCAACUGGGGACUUCGUCAGAGUUAAGGAUUGUGAGAUUUUUUUCUUGGGACGGAAGGACAAUCAAAUUAAGCGUCAUGGCAAGCGUCUCAGUAUUGAAUAUGUACAACAGAUUGCAGAAGGCUACUGUCAAGUGGAGACCUGUGCUGUGAUAUGGUAUCAGGAGGAAAAAUUAAUUCUGUUUGUUGUGCCCAAAGGCAUUUUAAAAAGAAGAGACCUUCUAAAGAAUCUCCGGGAAUGUAUUCCUAGCUAUGCAAUCCCAGAUGAGCUUUUGCUGAUUGACACUUUACCAUUAACACCACAUGGCAAAAUUGAUGUGUCACAGCUGAAUCAGAUUUACCACAGUCAUCUGAACUCUAGAAGGAGAGACAGUAAGCUGAGCAAGAAAGAAGAAUUAUGGGAGAGAUUGCAGUGUUUAUGGAAGUCUCUCCUGAAUCUUCCAGAUGAUUCCAGCAACAUUUUAAAAGAUUCAUCAUUCCUGCACAGUGGCGGAGAUUCCUUAAAAUCAUUACAGUUACUUGAUGAAAUUGAACACAUGGUAGAGAGAACUAUCCCUGGCCUCUUGGAAAUUAUUCUCAGUAGCUCUAUUGGAGAAGUCUACAACCAUGUCCUAAAAACAGCUUUCCCAGAUGCUGACCUAAAAUUAAGCUGUAACAGUGCUGUAAAAAGAAAAGUCUGUGAAAACAGCAGAGAGGAGCCAAGUAAAAAGUGUGUGGAGCAAAGAUCCCUGAAAACUCAAGCUGAUGCAGUUAGAUUUAUUGCAAUAAACCGAGGAAACCGUUUGUUGUCUAUCGGUGAGCUCCUAAAGAAACAGAAUAAUAUAGGAGAGAGUGAAAUUUUGAAGAUUAAGUGUGAUCAAACAAUUUUCAGCAAUGAAAGUAUAAUGGAAGUUGAUCGUAUUAAAAAAACAGCUGUACAAGAAAAUCCUGGAGAAACUGCUGAAAAAUUGACGUUGCACGUAAGAUGGAAAUCAGACCUGGGCAAAUGUGUAGAUGCAUCUCCACUAGUUCUAAUAUCAAUUACUGACAAAUUAAAUGCCUUUGUAUAUAUUGGGGCUCAUUCUCACAUGAUUCAAGCAAUUGACCUAUGUUCAGGAGAUGUCAAGUGGGAGAGAAACCUUCCAGAUCGUAUUGAGUCUUCUGCUUGUGUAUCUAAGUGUGGAAUUUUCAUCAUUGUUGGAUCCUAUAAUGGAUUGGUAUAUGUAUUCAGAAGCAGCAAUGGUGAAAUACACUGGACAUUUACCACUGAUGAUGCUGUGAAAAGUUCUGCAGCUGUGGAUCCUUCUACGGGGUUAAUUUUCAUUGGAUCUCAUGAUCAGCAUGUAUAUGCUUUAGAUAUUUAUAAGAAAGAGUGUGCCUGGAAGUUGCACAGUGAAGCUGGGGCUGUAUUUUCCUCUCCUCACCUCAGCCUUUCACCACAUCACCUGUACAUUGCAACACUUGGAGGGCUGCUGCUAGCUGCAAAUCCCGUUAUGGGAAAUACAAUCUGGAAACAAAAUUGUGGAAAGCCGCUCUUCUCAUCACCACAUUGCAACAAGGACUAUGUGUGUGUUGGAUGUGUAGAUGGAAAUUUAUAUUGCUUUAGCCACUUCGGAGAAAAGGUUUGGGAGUUUUCCAGCAAUGGACCCAUUUUUUCAUCACCCUGCAUUUCAGAUUUUGCCAGAGGGAUAUUCUUUGGUUCCCACGACUACUUUACUUACUGCUGUACUAUGGAAGGUAAUUUGUUGUGGAAAUUUCAAACCACAUCAGCUGUAUAUGCAACUCCAUAUGUUUUCCAUGGGCAUGAUUUGGGAGAUAAAACACUUCUGGUGGUGGUAUCUACAGAUGGCCGGAUAUGGAUCUUGAACGCUAAGACUGGUUUAGAAGAAGGUGCAGGGAAACUUCCUGGAGAAGUGUUCUCUUCUCCUGUGGUAUGGGGAACAAUGAUCAUUGUAGGCUGUAGAAAUAACUAUGUUUAUUGCUUAGAUUUAUGUGUAUCUACAACCAAUAAAACAACUUAAAAUGG